AUGGCGACCAGCACCACCAAGACCGGGCAGCCGCUCGACAGGGCCCAGCUCGAACCGGUCCUACGGCGAAGAAUGUUCUACACCCCAUCCUUCGAGAUCUACGGCGGAGAACGUGGUCUCUAUGACUAUGGGCCGCCAGGGUGUGCCCUUCAGGCCAACGUGGUGGAUCUUUGGAGAAAACACUUCGUUCUCGAAGAGGAUAUGCUGGAGGUCGACUGCACCAUGUUGACACCUGAAGCCGUCCUCAAGACCAGCGGCCACGUGGACAAGUUUGCCGACUGGAUGUGCAAAGAUCCCAAGAGCGGGGAGAUUUUCCGUGCAGACCAUUUGGUCGAGCAGGUCCUGGAGGCCAGAUUGAAGGCGGACAAGGACGCUCGUGGCCAGACGAUCGUGGUCGACGAGGCCAAGGAGGCAAGGAAAAAGAAGAAGAUCAAGGACACCAAGAUCGAGAAGCUCGACGAUGCAGUCGUGCAGGAGUAUGAAGAGACUCUGGCAAAGAUCGACAACUAUGGAGGCGACGAGCUCGGUGAAUUGAUCAAGAAAUUCGACAUCAAAGGUCCCACCACUGGUGCAGAACUGGAUCCUCCUAGGGCCUUCAACCUCAUGUUCCAGACCCAGAUCGGGCCGAGCGCCGAGAAACCAAAUGGCUACCUCCGUCCAGAGACCGCCCAGGGCCAGUUUCUGAACUUCCAGAAACUGCUCGAAUUCAACCAACAGUCCAUGCCCUUCGCCUCGGCUUCCAUUGGAAAAUCGUUCCGAAAUGAAAUUUCUCCGCGGUCUGGGCUUCUCCGGGUUCGAGAAUUUUUAAUGGCCGAGAUCGAACACUUCGUCGACCCUGAGGGUGGGAAGAAACACCCACGCUUCGAGGAUGUGAAGGACGUCAAGUUGACUCUUUUGAACCGAAAGACUCAGCUUGCAGGCAGCACUAAGCCUGAUGUCUUGACCAUUGGCGAGGCUGUAUCCACCGGCAUUGUCGACAAUGAGACGCUUGGGUACUUCAUGGUCCGGAUCCAGGACUUUCUGCUCAAGCUCGGAAUCGACCACUCCAAACUGCGCUUCAGGCAACAUAUGGCGAACGAAAUGGCCCAUUAUGCGGCGGACUGUUGGGACGCCGAACUAUUCACCACCUAUGGAUGGAUUGAGUGUGUUGGGUGUGCGGACCGGAGUGCCUACGACUUGACCGUCCACGCCAACAAGACCGGAGCACCGCUUGUGGUGCGCGAAACGCGAGCCGAGCCACUGGUGAUUGAAGAGUACCAGAUCGAUCUAGAGCGCAAGAAGCUAGGCCCCAAGUUUCGCAAGGACGCCAAAAGCGUCGAGGCCGCCGUGGAUGCGCUUUCGCAGGAGCUGCGCGAGAAGUUGUCGCUUGAACUUGAAAAGACCGGCAAGAUCGAAGUCCAAACACCCGGCGUCGGAAGCGGCACGACAGAACUCGACAAAGACCUGAUCAAGAUCGAGAAGAGAAAACGAACCGAGCAUGUACGGGAAUAUACGCCCAACGUCAUCGAGCCGUCCUUUGGUAUCGGCCGCAUUCUGUACAGUUUGAUGGAACAUGUCUACUGGACCCGCGAAGGCGACGGAGCGCGUGCCGUGCUGUCGUUCCCUCCGUCCGUCGCGCCCACAAAGGUCCUGUUGGUGCCGCUCUCCAGCCAUCAGGACUUCAAACCGUUCAUCAAGAAGUUGACGACCCGUCUGCGCCGGAUUGGGGUGUCCAACAAGGUCGAUGACUCUUCAGCCAGCAUUGGCAAACGCUAUGCUCGCAACGACGAGCUCGGCACGCCUUUCGGCAUCACCAUCGACUUCCAGACCGUCAAGGACGGCUCCUUGACUCUUCGGGAACGAGACUCCACGAAGCAAGUGCGCGCCAGUGAAGAUGACAUCAUCGCGGCUGUCAAGGCAUUGGUUGAUGGAGAAGAAACCUGGGAGGAUAUUUCGAAGAGACUGCCUCUCUUCGAGGGACAAGACCUUGACUAG